CCCGACGGUUUGUUUAAAUCAAAUGUCGUUCGGGUUCCCGAGUAUACUCUCUGCAUAGAGUUUGAGUUAGCGUGGUUUUAAACCGGAAGGGCGGGGUCCGAAAGUAAAAUUGCUAUAUCUGCCGAGAAAUCUCAUGCUGCAGUCUGCGUCUCCUUUCGGUCACCCAGUUUAAUUUCAUUUUACAUUACAUUAGAAUAGAUUAGAUUUUUCGAUUAAAAUUCAACCGCAAGAUAAAUUCACUCGCUGAAAAUCGCUUUUUAUAUUUAAUAUACUUUGUUUAUCAUUUUGACAGAUGGACUGUUUAUCUCGGAGGACUUUACUUCGCAUUUGUCGGGGCUGAGACGAAAGACCGCAUGUCAGGAAGUCUUCAGCGACAGUUAAGGGAAUUGACUUAUCCAGAUGACAGUGAAAUGGGUUUAUUUUUUGCCCUGGCAAUCCCAUUGGACGACCCGGUCGCGACGAAAGCGAUGUCAGUGGCAUUUUUUUUCGAAGCGAACUACGGGCUCGUUAGAGACCAGGAAUCAUUAGCAUCCAGGGCGAGAAAACAAAGAGCCGCAUUUUCGGAUCAUAAAUUAUUAACUCGCGCAACUGUCUACUCAAUUCUCGAAUCUAAAUUCGAGGCCCUCGGGCUACCAGGCCGAGCAUGUUUAUUGCGUUCAAUCUGCGAAACGAGUAAACUGUCUGUGGAUCGUGACAACGGACUCAUCGGCGACCUAUUGAGAAUUUUACUAACGCCAUCUUCAUCUGCUAACGAGAACUUGCCAACUGAAUACGUCCUGGCCGAACAACGACAGCUCGAGAGCCGGAUCAACCAUCACUCCCGAUACGACACCGGCAAUAAUCAUUAUCAUCAUCAUGAUCCACGUCCCGAUGAUGAUGAUAACAAGGAGCUCAAUGAUUGCAGUACAAUUUAUCCCCUUUGUCCUAUUAGUAUUUAUGACCACAUAACCAUUUAAUGAUUACCUGUGUGGUGUCAUCAGGCUCAAGCUUUACUAAUCAAUAUCUUCCGCGUCAUCUCCGUUUUAUUUAAAAUUAAUUAGUAUAUUAAAUUGU